CACACCAACGGGGGAUAUUCUUCAAAAGCAGACCGACCGGCUUGUUUAAAAAGAAAAAACUCUUUUAAGGCGGUCUUCAAUUGGAUAACUGGAACUGGAAUACGAAAGAACAGAGGUCGGUUUGAAACCCUUAAAUAAUUACGCAACCGCCGGUUUUAAAACACAGUCCUCCUCAAUCAAAUCAUCUUUAUAAAUACUCCAAAAAAAUAACACAGUAAUAAUAACAGAAGUCAGUUUGAAACCCUCAUUAACUUGAAAAAAAAAGCAUGAAUCUUGAUCAGUUACCACUUGCUUCAAUUCAAGAAUCACAAUCACAAUCAAUGGAUCAACAACAAGAAGAAACAUACAUGGUUGGUUUCAUUAUAGCCAAUAUUGUGGGCCUACAGUACUACAGUGGCCGAAUCAGUGGGCGUGAAAUGGUGGCUCUUGAUCGAGAGCCCUUAAAUCAGUUUGACCCGAAUGCAAUCAAAGUGCUCAAUACCCGGAUGACUCAAGUCGGGCAUAUCGAAAGGAAGGUAGCUUCUGUUUUAGCCCCUUUAAUUGAUUCUUGUUUAAUUCAUGUUGUUGGCAUUGUACCAAAUGUUGGUAAAGGUAAUGUAAAGUUUAAAAUUCCGUGUCAUGUGAAUGUUUUCGCCAAGUUAGAAGCGUUUGAAUCUGUUAAAGAUGCGUUUUUGCGGAACGGGUUGUGUUUGAUUAGUGAGAAAAAUCCUUUGUUUAGUUGUUCUGAAGCAAUGGUUUUGAAAGAUAAGAAAAGGGGUGAUUUAGAUGAGGUUUUUAAGUUGGUUGAUGAGAAUUUGAGUAGGAAUGUGGUGAAUGGGGCGAUGGAAGCGCCUAAAGAUUUCAUCUUGCCGGAUCUUUUUGCUCAUCAGAAGGAGGGUUUGUAUUGGUUGUAUCGUCGUGAGAAUUCGGAUGAUUUGCCGCCAUUUUGGGAGGCUAAUGAUGAUGGUUUUGUGAAUGUGUUGACGAAUUAUCAGACGGAUGUAAGACCUGAGCCUUUGCGUGGUGGGAUCUUUGCGGAUGACAUGGGGUUGGGUAAGACUCUUACUUUGCUUUCUUUGAUUGCUUUGGAUAAAUGUAGGGUUUUAGAUAAUGGAACAAGUGAGGUAAUUGUAGGAGAAGUAGAAGAUGAGAACAAGAAUGACCCGCCGGUUGUCUUGGGUGGUAAGAGGUCAAGAAAGGGUAAAGUGAUCAAAAGUGGGGGUCGUAGUAAGAAAAGGAAAACAGAAGAAAGUAUGGAUCGGGUAGGCCCAAAAAUGACAUUGGUUGUUUGCCCACCUUCUGUUUUCUCAAGCUGGGUGACACAAUUGACAGAACAUACUAAACGUGGGAUGUUAAAGGCGUAUUUGUACCAUGGUGUGGACCGAACAAAAGAUGUUUCAGAGCUUCAAAAGUUUGAUAUAGUCUUGACUACGUAUAGCACAUUGGGUAGUGAACUUGAUUUAGCUAAUGAUCCCAUAAAAAAGAUAGAGUGGUGGCGAGUGAUCUUGGACGAGGCACAUAUAAUCAAGAAUCAUACGUCAAAACAAAGUACUGCUGUAAAUAAGUUGAAUGCUAAAAGGCGAUGGGUUGUUACUGGGACACCUAUACAAAAUGGCUCAACGGACUUAUUCUCUCUCAUGGCAUUUUUAAAAUUCGAUCCGUUUUCUACCAAAAGCUAUUGGGAUAGCUUGGUGCAACGGCCCAUUGCUCAAGGAGAUAAAAAGGGGCUCUCAAGGCUCCAGGCAUUGAUGGCAACAAUUUCUUUGAGGCGUACAAAAGAAAAGUCUUUGAUUGGGUUGCCUACAAAAAUUAUCCAAACAUGUAAUGUGGAGCUUUCUGCAGAGGAACGGACGUUGUAUGAAGAGAUGGAAUCUGAAGCAAAGAAGUUUGUUAUGAGUUAUAUUGAGAAAGGAAGCGUGACACGCAAUUACUCUACUGUUUUGAGCAUCAUUUUAAGGCUUCGCCAGAUUUGUACACAUACGCAAUUGGCCCCUUCAGAUGUUAGAGCUUUACUUUCGUCCGAUAACUUUGAAGACGCAUCCAACAACCCGGCACUUCUUAAGAAGCUAGUUAUGCUACUACAAGAUAGUGAGGACUUGGACUGUCCAAUUUGCCUCUCUCCACCAUCCAAAACUAUUAUUACAUCUUGUGCUCACAUUUUCUGUCAAAAUUGCAUCAUCCGAACCCUAAAGAACUCUAGACCUUUGUGCCCUCUAUGCCGACGCCAACUAUCUGAAUCCGACCUUUUUUCACCACCACCUGAGUACACCAAUGAGGUUGAUAAAUCCAGCUGCAAAGCGUCUUCCAAAGUCGUGGCUCUUUUAGAACUUUUGGAAGCAUCAAGAAAAGAAAAUCCAGCCACAAAAUCCGUUGUAUUUUCUCAGUUUCGUAAGUUGCUGCUUUUAAUUGAAGAACCAUUAAAAGAAGCGGGAUUCAAGAUUCUGCGCUUAGAUGGGGCAAUGACUGCAAAGAAGAGAGCAGAUGUGAUUGAAGAAUUUGGAGUUCCAGGGGCGGAUGGACCCACUGUUUUGCUAGCGAGUCUCAAAGCUUCUGGAAUGGGCAUAAACCUUACUGUGGCUUCAAGAGUGUACUUAAUGGAACCAUGGUGGAACCCGGCAGUCGAAGAACAGGCAAUGGAUCGUGUCCAUAGAAUUGGCCAAAAGGAGGAAGUGAAGGUUGUGAAAAUGAUUGCUAGGGAUAGCAUUGAUGAGAGGAUUUCGUUUUUACAAGAAAAGAAACAAAAGUUGGCUAAUGACGCGUUUUGUAAGAAGGGCAAGGAUGAGAAAAGCAACAUAAACUUAGACGAUCUUCGUACUUUGAUGUCGUUAUGAAAUCGUACAGCGUCAAGAAUGUAGCUUGUAGACCAAUGCUUGCAUUCUCUGAUUGUAAAUGGGUUUCUUUCUUUUGCAGACCUUUCUGGUUGUUUAGAUUUAAAAGCAUGUUGCUAUGUUAGGGUCUCACAGUUAUCAUGACAUGCUGGUUCAGGUCUCUUUUUUUUUGGCAGCUUAUGGUAACCAUGUAAUAUAGUUAAGUUA